UUUAUUAUGAUACGGUUUAUAUUGAUCUAUCGCCUAUUAUUAUGUAAUUACACAACGGAGUUUGGUUUUCAUAAAAAAAAUCUUUGUAAAAAAAUCGGAUAUAAUGACAUUAUUACCAUUUACAGUUUUUUUUUACAAAACGCUUUGUAUGACAUCCGCUUAUUAUGACAUCCCUUCGAUGUCAUUAUGAACGGAUUCCAUUGUGUUUAAACAUAGCGAGCCGAAGUCAUCGAUCGAUUUUCCUUCGUUGGUUUCUGUCAUGUUGAGGGCAAGCACCGAUACUAAGGAACUAAAUUUCAUCAGGUUCAUAUCACGAUAAUAUAGCUCUUCUUUUGAAACGAAGAUACAGAGAUUUAUUUUCUCAUGAAAUUUCGACGAAAUCAGCUUACAACCGGGCUUUAGUUGAUUUUGAUAAAAAUAUCUUUUGUUAGUGAGUUUUGUUGCAACAUAAUUAUCAUACAAAAAGUUAUCUCUCGGAAGACUAAAGUUUAGAUAAUUUGAAAUAUCAGGCUUGUAAUUAAUGGUAGAUUGGUAUGUGUUUUUUUCUGAAUAGUUGAAAAUGAUUAAUUUUAUUUCGGUCGCGAGUAUUUUUUUUUAAUUAUUGAGUAUUAUUAGAGCUCACGAUUUUGAGGGUUUUGGUCGUCCCCUUCCAAAUUUUAAUGAAAUAAAAAAUGGACAAUGAUAAAUUUCAAACCAAUUCGUUCUACCUCUCUUAUACAGUGUAAACCACAUUACAAAAUAAACAAAAUAAAAGUCAUUCAAUUGAAUUAUAAUGUAAUAAUUCUAGUUAAUACAUUUAGCUUACUACCAUUUACUGUUUGAAAAGCGUCUAGAAAGCGUGUCCUUGGCGAGCACUUUAGCAGUAAAUUCAUGGUAAAGGAACCCACCGGAAAAAUAUGUUCUGAUUUUACUUAAACCACGUAUAUUCGUAAAACCGUAAAAUAUACGCUUUUUUUUUCUUUUCAUCCUAUGAGUACUAAAUUAAAAAAUGUGGUUGUCUGAAAAAAUGAAUGUUUUGCCAAUACGUCCAUUUUUGAAAAUUUUAAACUAUUAGACCACUCAACCAAUUUACGAUUUAUUAAGAAAAGGAAAACAUCAACGUGAGUGACAACUUCUGUUUUCAACUAUUAAUAGAAACCGAAACCGUUUUGAUUCGUGAACAAGUUCAGUAAAGAUUAAGAUUUGUUUAGAAAAAAUGUGAGCUGAUUCAUUGUUGAAAUUACUAUGCUGCCGUUCUACGCAUAGUUGUCCCAUGUUCCAAAAUCAGCAACUGAGAAAAACGCAACCAAAGUUUUCUAGCAUAUUUGAAAAUUUCUACCAGAAGCUUUAAGAAUUUCAGUUUGGCAAUAUACCGGAUUUUUUUAUAAACAGUAAACUAUUGUUUAAUGAAAUGUGAAAAGUUUUCCUCACUUGAUCCACUAGAGCUUGAUUACAUGGUGGGACAGUUAUGCCUAGGAUAACAACAUGGGACAAUUGAACUUGAUGCGGUUUUUUGAAAUACCGUUCUGAAUCAUAUUUCGGACACUUUGUUCUAAUAUCUUGAAAUGCUUAAUGCACUGAUGAUAUUUUAUUUUCCGAAAGAUUAUGCAUAGAAACAUCGAUUUAUGAAGAAGGGAGUGAUGCAACACCUUUGCUGAAUAUAAAUCUCAUUGUUAUUAGGCAUUCGCUAAUAAGGUGUACACGUGUUCUGUUAAACUUUGUCUUAUUUGUUUGAGAAUUAAAGCGUUCUUCCAAACCAGGAAUGAGUGCAUUAGCCCUGUUGAAAGCUUGACAUGAAAUUAUUGUACUUGAACCGAUUCAUUUAUUAUGGAACUACCAAAAAUACAUGGUGGGACAUUUCUACCUAGAAUAUCAACAUGGGACAAUUGAGCUUGAUGUUGUUUUUUGAAAAGAUGGGAACAAACAAUAUGUUUUUUUUGCGGUUUUCUGGAAUAUUAGGCAUAAAACAUCGUUUUAUGAAGAAAAGUCGAAGUUGUUAAAAAGUAACAUGAAACAACUAUGCGUAGAACGGCAGCAUGGUGGGUGAAAGAAGACAUACGACCGCUAAGAGCUAAAACACCAUUAAUUUACACAUAAUAAAUCGUAAAUCAGUUAAGCACUUUAAGCUUUAUAUUUUUUUCGAAAAUUAAUUACAUGGAAUGUUUAUUCAAUUACAUUCAAUGUUUAGAAUUUCUCAAUUUCUGGACUAUUUUAUCUAAAACUACUACCGUAAUUUCAUAUAAUUGUUUGUUAACUAUGACUUUUUCAAGCAAUUAACAAUAUUCGCCAUUUUGACUUAUUUAAUGUGUGCAAAAAUGCGAUGACAAAAAUAAAAGCCCACUCCCAAAAAGUAAUAUCAAAUCGUUCAAAACCUUUGAGUAACCCAUCGUUUCUUCAUGUUAUGACAGUUAGAGCUGUGCGGUCGAUAUUGAAACGAUAUAAACAAAGUGUUGUUUACAUUGUAUUAAAACAAUAUUAGAUAACUAUUUUCUCAAUAUUGUUUGAAUAAAAAUAGAACACAAAUAUAAAAGCCCGAGUUCGAGAAAUCACCGUUCACUUCUCGGAUUAUUCGUUGAUCCGUCUGGCAAUCGAUCUUCCGACGACGGCCUCUUCCAGAUCUGUCAGCAAGCGAACUGUAAGCUUUGUGCUUGUGCACAAUCUCACGGACUACUCCCUGACUUAUUCCAAACUUCUUUACAAUCUUCCGCUGUGAAUUCUGCUGCAAAUGGUCCUAAAUAACAAGAUUUCGGAUUUGCAUGCUGAUUUUUUUUUCUCCACUCAUUUUGAUUUUGUUGAAAUCUCUUUGUGUAGACAACAACAAUCGACUCUUUUGUGCCGACCCGUGUUGCCACACGUACAGAUUGUUCUGGAAAGGUACAGAUUGUUCCGUUAGUUUUGGUACAGAUUCUGUACGGUACAGAUUACAGAUUUUCACCAGCAAGUACAGAUUGGCACUGAUUUUUUCGAUUGUGUCACAUUUACCCGAAACCCACUCACCCGAAAGACAUUCACCUGAAUUCCACUCACCCGAAUGUGACAAAUACCCGAAUCCGACAGCUACCCGAAUGUAACAUCUGCCCGAACUGACAUUUACCCGAAUACAGCAUUCACUCGAAUGUAACAUUUACCCGAAUGUAACAUCUACCCGAAUGCGACACUCACCCGAAAGAAUUAGGAAGUAUUUGUGUAUUUAUUUCUGAUCACUGUUAUAUGAAAAUCAUAUUUGUCUCGCACAUUCAUUCUCAUUGAAAAAGUAUUUCUCGUGGGUAGUGUGAUUUGAGAAAUAGUGGAUUUGAGUGGAUAACGUGAAAUAGUACAGUUUUUUUUCCUGUCAGGCCACGCGCUGAUAUCGUAGUACAGCACUGUGAAACGCAAUGCUGGAUAAUUAGAAUUUACUCGAUGGAAAUUUUUGAACGUUUUUGGGUCAUCGUUUCUUAUCGUAAAGCACUGAAGUGCAACUUUGAUUAUGAAUUUAUUUUUUUGCAAUAAAAUUUCUUCUGGGAUCAAACAUGACAUACAUGACAUUCAUAAUUAACCGGGCAAACGUAAUGCACCAGGUAAACGUGUGCCGUCCGACGCUUGCUAAUGCUCGGUCGGACUUGACUAAAGGAUCGCCUCCGGUGGAACACAGGUUUGCUUGCGAGCUUCCGUCGCUUCCGACGGCGGGUCGGCGGCCGACUCGGUUUGGCGCCGUCUUGGUUCCUUAUCCUCGUUAAAUGGGGACUUCGCCCCCAAUACAUUGCUCUCAGAUCAGAAUUUUAUCGCGAAAUAAUAAAUUCAUGAUAAAAACUGCGCUGCGAUGGUAAAUACGUAAGUACCAUUUUUUUUCUUAAUUAUUACUUGCAACAUUUUCAUUUGAAUUUUUAUGGCAAAGUUACUUUCUUAAUUUUCGGAAUAUUCCAUAACCCAUGCUCAUGUCUCUUGGCCUUAAAGAGCAAAAAGGAAAGUAAAGCAGACGGCAUAUCAAUUGUGCCUACACUUAUUUCUAUAAACGACACAGCGAAGUCUUCAACAUAUUUUUCGAAUUUCCUCAUUACAAUUUCUCAUUUUACUUCGUAACAGGAGAUUCGACAAAACUCAUAAUCAUAAUAAUUUUUCUUUCUUCAUUCGGGUAAAUAUUCCAUUCUGGUAAAUGUUUCAUUCGGGUAAAUGUCACAUUCAGGUAUUUGUAACAUUCGAGUAAAUGUCCAUUCGGGUAUUUGUUGCAUUCGGGUAUCUGUAGCGUUCGGGUAUCUGUAGCGUUCGGGUAUUUGUUACAUUCGGGUGAAUGUCAUUCGGGUAUGUGUUGCUUUCGGGUAAAUGUGCUUCGGGUAAACGUGUUUCGGGUGAAUGGGAGACAACCGAUUUUUUUCACGUGUGAAAUGUCUCUCUAAAAUUGAUAGUACGUAAUCUAAAUUUAGAAAGACUAUGUACAAGGUGGCGAAUAUGUCACGCAACAAAUUUGUACAAAAAAUAAUCGUAUAAAAAUGUCUCACGAUGCAAAAUAUUUAUUCUCGAAUAAAAAACGAUACAAAGUCGACAACUGAAACGCUUAGGAACCAACACGCUCGAUAGUUGCAGUGCGAUCGUUUUUUUUCCUUCAGAGAACAUUGCGUGACUUAUACGCCACCCUGUAUAAACAUCAUCAUUUUACAAAGAACUAAGGCUGAAUUGACCAUUCUCAAUAACUUUGUGGUUAAUAACUUUUUUUUUCAUAUGCUGAACCUUCCGAGAACGUAUUAAUUGGAAGUAAUAAAUUAUAUUCGAUAGCAAUACAUUUGUUACCUCCAAAAGUAACUGGGGACGUUUUAAUACACCUGAUAACUUAGUGAAUAUUAAUAACAGACGAGAUAAUUUUUUGAUUUGAUAUAGGCCCAUUCUGCUCGCCUAACUCAAGAGCAAUUGAAAAAAUUGAAAUGGACUGUGUUCGAGCAUCCUGUCUACUCCCCAGACCUCGCCCCUAGCGACUAUCACUUAUUCCCGGUGAUGAAACAGGCGUUCGUCGGUCAACGAUUCGAUAACACUGAAGAAAUUCGUGACGCAGUUACAUCGUACUUCAAAAAGUUGGACGCUACGCACUUCGCGCUCGGAAUAGAAAAAAUCGUGCAACGCUAUGAAAAAUGCCUCGAACGUUACGGCGAUUAUGUAAAAAAAUAGAAAAUAAAACGCAGAUUGCGAAAAUCACCUUGUUUUUUGUCCUAACUUAAUUUUUCCGCAAUUUCUGAGGCACUGAAACUCAUUUUUUGAACGACCCUCGUAUAUUUUUGUUUUUUUUUUCACCUGAGGACACUCAACAAACAUGUCAGGUUUAUAUUCACAAGAAGUUUUAUUCUGUAAUAUUUAUGUAAAUUUAGAACUCAUCCAACAUCCAAGGCAUCUUAACAAGCUCGAUUUGUUAAUCUAUUGAUGCUUGAUAAGGUUUCUUUUCAGCAUAAAAUUCUCUGAAUUGCAUACAUGAACUCGUGACUGACUGUACUUUUUUCCAUUUCUCCUUUGGAACUCGAUUUGGAUCAUUGCUGUUGUUGCUGUUGUUGUGGGUGUAAUCAAUGUUCAAUGUUCUUUCCACUUCUAUCCUUCUAUAAUUCUUCUUUUUAGUUGUGCCGAAGAUCGCAAAGCCUUCAUCGAAAUAACACGCUAAUCUAUCCGCUAUUUGUUUUUCUUCUUCUCUCUAGCUUCUCGCAAUCGUUUUAACUUCUGUCUGUUUCUAAUGUUUCAACCUCUGUUUUGCUGCCCUUCCACCGCCCGCCUGUUCUCCGUUUAAUUGACCGCUGUCAUAUCAUGCCGCCGAAGGAAGAAGGAGGAAAAAAUCGUAAAUGAAAGAUACCGCCGCCGCCGCCUCCGCACUCGCGUGCCUUCUUAUUGUACUUUCGUCCGACCGGUUUGAGUGCGUGGGCUAUUGUUAUCUGACCGAUGGCGUGUUUGCAAAUGUUGCGGUUUUAACCAAGUCUAGUAGCCACUUUCUAAACAACCACCUGCGAGUGUGUGCUUAUUUGACCUUGUUUCUUUUUUUGUUGCCCCCAAAAAAGCCUGGUCAUUGUUAUGACUUUUUAUGUACACCAAGUUGUGAUUGGAAUUAAUUUGUUGUUAUUUCAUAUGAUGAUAUGUAUGUUCCAAAAAGCUUCUUAUUGGAUGGUUUCCAUAUCGCUAACGCUUUUUCUUUUCCCUUCGUGACUGGCAAAUAACAUAUUUGAAUGAUGUCUCAAAUAAAUCAACCAAUCAUUCGGGAAACCCAUCGACAACAUUAGACAACCAAUUAACCAAUUUUGCUUCGUCCCCGAAGCUCUCUCUUGGUGCGGGGUCUCCCCCGAGACCGUCAACAUACAUUUCUUCAAGCUCAUGGUGAGCACACACAUACCAACGUUUUGAUUUAGUGUGAUUAUUUGGGUUAGAUUGUUUUAGUGUUUAUUUGGGUUCUACCAGGUGAUUUUUUUUCUUCUCCUUCACCUUCCAAACAGCCGAAUCCAUCAAUCUUUCCUUUCAUCGUCAGGAAUCCGUUUAUCUUUUAUUUUCCCCUCUCACAAACUGAUUACUGCUUCAUGUUACAAUAAAUCGCAGCUUCGUCCGAGCAGAAACAAUAGCCCAGUAAUGCGCCCCAAGCAGUCAACGGAAAUCUCAGUACAUACCUGUCGGGGGCACAGGGGGAUCAGGGAACCGUGUAAGCCCAUAUUAUCUUAACGAGAAAAACGUUAACUACGUUGGGCUCCAGAUCGGUUUUAUGAGGCAGAUGUGAAGACGAAGGAGAGAACAAGGUUUCGAACACUCGAUGGGCUCUCUGCAUUCGUGGGAGAAUUUUGUUCUGGCCCGGCUGCUUCUGCUGCUGCUGGGAAGAUCGCGUGCUGCUCGGAUAUAGAUUUAUGCUUCCUUUCCCGGCGAAUCCUAACGCUAGCGUAUGCGCACCUAAAACGGGAAAUUUGAUGCGACAAGACGCGUAUCCGUGUGUUAAUCAAGUGAUGUCUAACAUUAUUUCUCUAGAGAAAAAAGAGCAGGAAAACGUUUCUCGUAAAUGUUUUUUUUUCUUUUGUUAAAUGGAAAUGCGUUAGCCAAGCGUUUUCGGGUCCGUCUCUCUAAUGUGCGUGUGUUGUCGUGUUGGGCUUCUAAUAACUAAAACAAACGCAAAGACAGUCUAAUGAUAUCGUAAUGUACAGGAUCGAAAAGCAAGUGAUCCGCUUGGUGCCGCAAGAGCGUGUCCUGGAGCCGUACGCCGAGCAGCGCGGGUCGAUCGAGGAAACCCAGCGGAUACUGCGCGAAAUCGAGCGAAUCAACCAGGCGAUGGGCUACCGCAAGAAGCAGGAAGUUGCCUUCCCACGGAAGCAAAACUUUCAUGAGGGUUACUUCUUUCCCCGGCCGGUGUAUCAACCGUUGAACUUCCAAACCACGAUCAGUCCGGGGCCGAUGUUCAAACAGUUUGAGGCGGAGGAACUGGUCUCGUCGUCGGAUCCCUUCCGAAAUCAGGUUUACUACUACCCGGCGCCGUAUCUGCAUCUGCCGCUGCCCGAUAGCCCGCGGUCCUUCCAGCAUCAGUACAUUGCACCGGUCAAGCAGAGUAAAGAGCUGACGCCGAGGAUCUAUGUGCUGCCGAUCAGUGUCCCGUCGGCUGAUGGACGCACCAGUGAGAUUCGGUACGUUCCAAGCACGAUCGAUUUCAGCACGCUCGAUGUUUUCAAGCGCAAGGCUAAAGUCUCCCUGGAUAAGACUGGUGAGAAACAGAAGAGAAAGAUUAAGAAGGGGAAGGGAGUUGUGGAUGAUAUAACGGAAGUGGUGGGAGAGGAUAAAAUCGAAGAAGAACUGUUGGAGGAGAUGCUAGAGGCGGUAGACUACGAAUUGGAAGAUGACGAGGAGGAUAAGCAGGAGAAGACGACGGAGACUCCGGUUCUGCCGAAUGAUAAAUUCCUCAACAAUAAGUUCCUGACCACAAGUGGUAGCAGUGAAGAUGAAAUGGAACAUGAUGUGGAGAUGAUGAUUUUGAAUAAAGGACCCGGAGGCACAGCACGGAGCUUCAACAUUUCGGCCACUUUUCAGAACUUUACGAACCGCUUCAUUCCAUCUACACCGGCACCAAAUGCGGUACUAGCGGAAAUCAAAGAUUUGAAGGAGAACCCAGAUACGAAGGAUGGAGACGUCAUCCAGGAGAAGGGCCCAUUUGGGAUCUUCAAUCGUCAGGUUGAGCCUCCGAAUGGUGGAUUGGUGAUUCAGCGGUUGAGGGUACGACAGGGAGGUAUUGCGAUCGCUGGACCAGGCGGAGUGGCAACGGCCGGGAGCGGUGGUACGGCCAUUGUUGGACCAAACGGCACGGCAAUUACCCAUCCGAGAAGUUUGACGAUAGCCGGACCAGGAGCCAAGAUUUAUGCCGUCCCGGAAAGUGUAGAUCUAGGACAGACAAUCAACGCCACAAAGAGAAGCUUACCUAUGGAUGCUGUACUGGUGGCUAGUGGACCUGUAGUGUAUUACCGAAAUUAGAGCUAGAUUGUAUUACCGCCGAGGAUAGAAGUGAUAGUGGCCAUUCUGUAAAUACUGUGUGUACAAAUUCAUCCUUUUUAACAGCUUGCCAUCGAAGCAGAUUUUAACUCUCUACAUACAAUUACGUAAUCUUUGGAUCUCGCGAGGUCGACUUCGAUGUAUUGAUCGAUAUAGUUUUAUAAGCGAACUGCAGUUAGCGUAGGAUGUCGAUAAAUUUAUGUUUUCAGAGUUCCAUUUUUUUAUAUUUCGACCAUAGGAUUAUUGUACCCUAGAUUUAACCUAAUAAAAUUACUUUUUUAAA